AUGCCUCCCAAGCGCAAGUCAUCGGACAAUGCGGACGCCCAGCCCAAAAGAUCCAAGACCGGGGGUGAGACCCCGGAGAAGAAGGGGUCCCGUUGGUCCAAUGUCUCGGGCUCUGCAAAUAUCUACGAGAGUUACAAGCGAAUCACGAGCGAUGCCCCCGAUACGUACGCGUGGAAAUGCGAGUGUAAAGCGCCAUUCGAAAACGAUGACGAGGACGACGAACCUGAAUCCAAGGAGGAAGAUGAGGAUAAAAUGAAAGACACUUGCGACGAUGGCAAGACCUGUCUCUGCGAGAAAUCCGCCGCGGAAUAUCCCGACCACCCCUGGAUCUUCACUUUUGCAGGACAGCAGAAAUUUCUCACGUCAAUGAUCCAGCUGAGCCUCCGUAACCCGGACUGUUUUGGCAUGUACGUCUACAAUGAUUCCUACGGCUGGGGUAUCAUGGAGGUCGUGGAGAACCUUCUUGUAGAUUUCGAAGAAGCCGAAGGCAAUUGGAAAGAGCAGUGGGCUAUGUGCGAGGCCAUUGCGCUGUUUUGGCUACGUGGUGAUCCGACGCCAUUGUAUAUGGUCGAUGAUGGCGACCACGUCAACCAGCUCGCUGACCUGAUUGGAGCCAUGUUUCUAUCCAUGCUGGCCACUUUGGGCCGUAACGGCCUCUUAAAGGAAGAGUCCGAGGUCAAGAAUCUUGGCAUGAUCAUGGGACUUUACAUCCGAAUUGGAUUUGACGAUACCCUGGAUUUCGACAAUCUCAGCGCUCGCGUGUUUGCCUAUGCGACCAAGAACAACAUUAAACUUGGUGGUCUCAAGAAACUACAGAGCCGUGUGGAUGACUUGCAGGCAGAAGUCGAUAAGAUCACGCUUCCUGCGUCUGAGGCUAAAAAUAACGAUCCUUGGGACUGGAAAAAGCUCUUGAACAGCUAUGAGGGUUACAGUGGAGACAUACCGGUGUAUGCGAUCAAGCCAAACAAGAUGGGCGGUGAUGGCUGCGACAUCACGACCUGGUCUAGUGCGAAGCGCAAGAAGCACAGUUUCGAUAAUAAGGACCCUCUGGGUAAGAAAGAGAUGGAUGCAAUCAAGCAGGGCAUGGUCAUGCAGCUGGCAUAA